UCGCUUGAUGGGAAUGAAGCCACAGUCAUAACACCUGUGGGGAAUACACAUUCAUUUGCAGAGCUGUUGGCAGAUGUUAAACAUAACCCUAAUAUUUCCGGGAGAGGGCUGGCAGUGGGAGGGGCUUAACCCCCAGGCUUUCCUCAGAACAAUUUCUGACAAAUUGUUCUCCCUUGCUGUGGAAUCAUUAAUCUAACUGAAACAGCUUGGGGGCAGAGCAAGAAGCUUUGCUUUCUGCACUGCUGCACAGUGAGUUCUUGUGGUGGGACUUUCCUAUAACAUCAUUUAGGAUGCCUUCCCUGGAGAAAUAGAAGUCAAAUGAUACCAUCCAUGUAAGUAAAUGAAAAUGGUGAAUAUGCCUCCCAAAGGUGAAGGAUAUUGUCAUCAUGCCUUGGCUACUGCUCUCCUUCGCUUUCCCUAUUCAUUUAUCAGCCUCUGCUGCCUUCUUCUGAAUGUGGCAUUUUUGUCGCAUGCAAUUGGUAUGAAAGCUGGGCCCUUGGAUCUGUUUUAGAGUCUCCCUGAGAUUGUUGUCAGGUAGUAGCCACCACCUUGAUAGUGCAGAAUGUUUUAGGGAAGAUGCAAAGUCUUCUUUUAAAUGGAGGUUUUUAAAAGCGCGGGGGGGGGGGGGCCUGACAUAACUCUGGAUCUCAAUUUUCUGGACCUCCUUUGCUAUAAUUUGUCUGAAUGAGUCUCAGAGGAAUCUUAGCGGGGUCCUAUUUGAAGGCAAACCUUACAAAUACAUGCUUGGCCAGCCUCUUAUUGGUUAACUUUUUUUUGUUGGAAAACGAAGGAACCCAAGGGAGUCAAAAUGUUGGUGUGAAAAGCGGUCACGCCUAUAGCCAGCUUGACAAAGUCAGGGGAAUAUGGCUUUUCAUACAAUCCUUUGGCUCUGUUAUUUUUGCCAGGCAUUUUCCCCAGAGGCUGCUUUCCCUCAUGGGAGGCGGAGGGAGAGAUGGGACCCCAGGCUUCUGUCAAGGGAAAGCAGGAUACAGUGGGAAAGGCCCAAACAGAAAGCCUGCCUCUGUGGUGGAGAUCCCCCCACAAAAAACGGAAGAAAAAGAGUAAAGCAAGAGCAGGAAGACCAGAUUUUACUAGUAUUCCAAGCAGGCCAGAAUUUCCACGGCAAGAAUUUGUUAGGGCAGAAAGUUACAGGCCAGAAUUCGCAAUAUUUGUAGGCGAUUUGACUCCUGAAGUGGAUGAUUUCUUGCUUUUUGACUACUUUUACAAACGGUAUCCAUCAUGUAUAGAUUGUAAAGUUGCAACAGACCUCUUGGGAUAUUCCAGGGGCUAUGGUUUUGUCAGAUUUUCUGAUGAAGGUGAUAUGAUGAGAGGAUUGCAGGAUUGCCAGAAUGCACCUGGUCUAGGCGGAAAACGGAUCCGACUGACGUUAGGAAUUUCUAAAAGAUUGAAAGUAGAAUUUCAGAGGUACCAGGCAUAUAGCUAUAAUGACUAUUACCAAGAUUAUCAGAACUACUACCGUCAAUAUAACUAUGACAGAAAUGAACGCUUUGAUCGUUAUGAACGUGCCGAGCGUUUCGAUCGAGGAGGACGUUUUGGAGACCGUUUUUCUGACCGCUACCCUGAGCAUUUUGGUGAACGUUUUUCUGAGCGCUUUGGUUCUCGUUUUGGUGAACGGUAUCCUGACUACCCAGAAUAUGGAGAUUAUGCUGACUAUGGAGAUUAUCCUGCUGAGUACAGUGAAUACAACUACAACUAUGCAUCUUAUGAAAGGAUGCAGCCAACUGGAAGUAUGGGGCAGCAAGCAAUGAAUACAGCUGUAUAUCAGGAUCCUUCAAUGAUGUAUAUGAAUGAUGAUCUUAUAACAGAAGAUCCACAGCUCCAUGUAGACGUUCACAGAAUGAAUAGAGAAUUUAUGGUACGAAGUGAAGAACUCUUUGACACACUUAUGAGCUGUCAUUGGCAACCUCUGGAUACCGUCACGUCUGAGAUUCCUACUGCUUAUUAAAAGUGUCUUAUGUUAACAUCAUAGCAUGACUAUUAAGACCAAGGUGCUAAAUUGACAUUUCUUCUGCAUUACAUCCUGAGUUUUAAAGCAGUGUUGUUUUUUUUUGCUAUGCUUUGAUGCCUUUGUAAUUUUUGUUCAUCACUCGGUAUCUUGAAAUCAUGUAAAUAUUCUAGAAAUGUAAAGAGUUACUCUAAAUAUAGACUCCCUUAUGUAAAUAAUAAAAUUUGUUUCUGCAAA